CACUCCCGACACCUCUUUACCUACCAAAAUUGUCACUUUCUUCCUUACGCUGUCUCUCACGAAAGCUUAUUCACACACACUGCAAUCCAAACUCUCUCAUUCAGUAGUCCCCAAUUCAACGCAUCGAAACCGUCAAUCCACGUAGCCCUCUUCUCUAUCCAAUAUUCCCAAUUGAAGCCUUGGAAGGUGGCUUUGUCAGUGUGAUGAAUCUCCUCCUCCAAUGGCCUCUGCUCACCUUUGUUUCAAUCUUAUAGCCGUUUUUGGUGUUUUCGUGCUCUUCCGCGCAAUACCUUCUUUAUGCGAUGAUGAUGAAUUCUCGAUCAUCGGGUAUGAUGAAUUUACGUUUCACGGUGAUUACUCGCCUCCGUCACCGCCGCCGCCUGCUCUGCCGCCUCAACCUCCGUCGCUAUCGUGCGAAGGAGAUCUCUAUGGCGUUGGCUCUCUUGACUCCAUAUGCGAGCUCAGUUCCUCCUUGAGUUUUGAAGAGGACGUGUAUAUUGAAGGUAAAGGUAGUCUGCACAUACUACAGGGUGUUAAUUUAAGCUGCCCUGUAACAGGUUGUUCAAUAGCUUUCAAUAUGAGUAGCGAAUUCAGAUUAGGUCGAAAUGCUUUUAUUAUUGCGGGCUCGGUUUAUGUGAGAGCUUGGAAUGUUAGUUUGAUUGAGGGGUCGAUGAUCAACACGACUGCGUUGGCGGGUGCACCUCCAGCUCAGACCAGUGGGAGUCCCACUGGGGAUCAGGGCUCCGGUGGGGGUCAUGGUGGGAGAGGGGCGAGUUGUGUGACCGAUAAUAAGAAGCUACCCGAUGAUGUAUGGGGUGGGGAUGCUUAUUCAUGGUCAUCCUUAGCUGAGCCGUCCAGUUAUGGGAGUAAGGGAGGGACAACUAACAAAGAAGAGAAUUAUGGUGGAGAAGGAGGUGGGAUGAUAAGGGUGGAGGUGAACAGCACAGUAGAGGUUGGUGGGAGUCUUCUUGCAGAUGGCGGUGAUGGUGGUACAAAGGGUGGAGGUGGAUCUGGCGGAAGCAUCUUUAUCAAGGCACAGAGAAUGACUGGAAGUGGCAGGAUAAGUGCCUCUGGAGGUGAUGGAUUUGCUGGAGGAGGUGGUGGAAGAAUUUCUGUUAAUGUUUUUAGCAGGCACGAUGACACAAUAUUCUUUAUUCAUGGGGGAAGGAGUUUUGGCUGUGCUGAAAACUCAGGGGCUGCUGGGACAUAUUAUGAUGCUGUGCCUCGGAUUCUUAUUGUGAGCAAUCAUAACUUGUCUACAAAUACUGAUACACUAUUGUUAGAUUUUCCUAAGCAGCCACUUUGGACAAAUGUUCGCAUUCAAGAUCACGCUAAAGCCUGUGUUCCUUUGUUUUGGAGUCGCGUUCAGGUUCAGGGACAGAUCCGUCUAUCCUGCGGUGCUGUGCUGAGCUUUGGGCUUGCACAUUAUGCUUCCUCGGAGUUUGAGUUAAUGGCGGAAGAGCUUCUAAUGAGUGACUCAGUUGUCAAGAUAUAUGGAGCUCUUCGCAUGACGGUCAAAAUGCACUUGAUGUGGAAUUCAAAAAUGCUUAUAGAUGGUGAUGGCGAUUCAAUUGUGGCAACGUCCGUGCUUGAUGCCAGUAAUUUAUUAGUACUCAAGGAAUCGUCAGUGAUACAUUCUAGUGCUAAUCUGGGAGUUCACGGGCAAGGAUUUCUGAAUUUGUCUGGACCAGGAAAUAUUAUUGAAGCACAACGCUUGGUUCUAUCAUUGUUUUUCAGUGUCAACGUUGGACGUGGAUCAGUUUUGCAAGGUCCCUUGGACAAGGGCAGUUAUAAUAAUAUGACUCCACGGCUGUACUGUGACUUUCAAGAGUGUCCGAUGGAAUUGCUUCAUCCACCUGAAGAUUGUAAUGUGAACUCUUCAUUGUCCUUCACGCUUCAGAUAUGUCGAGUUGAAGAUGUGAUUGUUGAGGGAAUCAUAAUGGGAUCUGUUGUUCAUUUUCACUGGGUUAGAACUGUAGCUGUUCACUCUUCUGGUCUGAUCAGUGCUUCUGGACUAGGCUGCACUGGAGGGAUAGGUAGAGGCAAAGUUUUAAACAAUGGUCUCAGUGGUGGUGGUGGACAUGGUGGCAAAGGUGGGGAUGCAUAUUACAACGGCAGCUUUAUUGAUGGUGGCACUGUUUAUGGCCAUGCUGAAUUGCCUUGUGAACUUGGUAGUGGUAGUGGAAAUGAUAGCGUAGCUAGUGCCACUGCAGGUGGUGGUAUAAUAGUGAUGGGUUCAUUGGAGCAUUCACUGUCGAGUUUGUCUAUUUACGGUUCACUUAGAGCAGAUGGAGAAAGCUUUGGAGAAGAUGUCAGAAAGCAAGAUGGCAGCGUUGUGCCAAAUUCAGGUCCUGGGGGUGGUUCUGGUGGAACCGUUCUUUUGUUUGUUCAUACAUUGGAGCUUGGUGUUCAUUCUACUAUCACAUGUGCUGGAGGACAUGGCAAUCCUAGUGGUAGUGGUGGUGGAGGGGGCGGAAGGAUUCAUUUUCAUUGGGCAGAUAUACCGACAGGGGAUGAGUAUCUACCCAUAGCGAGUGUGAAGGGGAGCAUUCUAGCCAGGGGAGGAUUUAGUAAGGGCCAGGGUCAUGCUGGUGAAGAUGGGAGUGUUACAGGAAAGCCCUGCCCCAAAGGGCUCUACAGUAUACUUUGUGAGGAAUGCCCGGUUGGGACUUUUAAGAAUGCCAGUGGGUCUGACAAAGCUCUUUGUCGUCAAUGCUCAUCUAAUGAACUUCCACAUCGUGCCAUAUACGUUUCUAUUCGAGGAGGUGUCACUGAGAGUCCUUGUCCAUACAAGUGCAUGUCUGACAGAUAUCACAUGCCACAUUGUUAUACUGCUCUUGAAGAGUUGGUAUACACAUUUGGCGGACCAUGGUUGUUUAGUCUUAUUCUUUUAGGUCUCCUCAUCCUCUUAUCUCUGGCUCUUAGUGCUGCACGAAUGAAGUAUGUUGGUGGGGAUGAAUUACCAGCUCUUCAGCCUCCUCAACGUAGCUCUCGUAUAGAUCACUCCUUCCCUUUUCUGGAGUCACUGAAUGAGGUAAUGGAAACAAAUAGAACUGAGGAAUCCCAAGGUCAUGUGCACAGGAUGUAUUUCAUGGGCCCAAACACUUUUAGUGAACCUUGGCAUCUACCUCAUUCUCCUCCUGAACAAGUGACGGGAAUUGUAUAUGAAGAUGCAUUCAAUAGAUUUGUGGAUGAGAUGAAUGGCUUGGCUGCCUAUCAAUGGUGGGAAGGAUCAGUAUACAGCAUUCUUUCUAUUAUUGCAUAUCCACUUGCAUGGUCCUGGAUGCAACAACGUAGGAAAAAGAAGUUACAACAACUUCGGGAAUAUGUUCGAUCUGAAUAUGAUCACUCCUGUUUGCGUUCUUGUCGGUCACGUGCUCUUUAUGAAGGACUUAAGGUGGCUGCAACUUCUGAUCUGAUGCUUGCAUACGUGGACUUCUUUCUUGGUGGAGAUGAAAAGAGAUCGGAUCUUCCUCCUCCACUUUGUCACAGACUUCCGUUGUCUAUAGUCUUCGGAGGAAAUGGAAGUUACAUGGCUCCAUUUUCUCUGCAUAGUGAUAAUAUUCUUACAAGUCUCAUGAGUCAGUCUGUCCCACCGACAACAUGGUAUCGACUGGUAGCUGGUCUAAAUGCACAACUGCGAUUAGUUCGUCUUGGACGCUUGAAAAUUACGUUUGGUCACGUUAUCAGCUGGCUUGAAACACAUGCAAACCCUACAUUAGGUACAUAUGGAGUUCAUGUUGAGCUUGCUUGGUUUCAGCCUACAUCUUCUGGAUAUUGUCAAUUUGGGCUUGUGGUCUGUGCAAUUGAAAAUCAGAGUUCUCUACAAGCAGUGGAAGGACAAGAUGAACCUGUUCUUUCUGAGUGUGGAUCACGUGUGCUUAAGGCUUACAGGGGGGAUUGGCCGAAUUACUCUCGAGUUUGUGAACAUCUAAUGACAUGUAAAAGGAUUUGUGGAGGGAUUUUGCAUUCGAAGAGUUUGCGAACUCUCAAGACAAAGAGGGCUAUAAGUUAUCCUUUUUCUUUUAUAUUAUACAAUGCCAAACCGGUUGGUCAUCAGGACCUUGUUGGUUUGCUCAUUUCUAUUAUACUUCUGGGAGAUAUUAGCUUAGUCAUGUUAACUUUGUUACAGAUGUAUUCUAUUUCUUUGCUGGACUUCUUGUUGGUCUUGUUUAUCCUUCCUCUUGGUCUGUUGUUUCCAUUCCCUGCUGGAAUCAGUGCUUUAUUUACUCAAGGACCUAAGAGGUCAGCAGGAGUUGCACGAUUAUAUGCUCUAUGGAAUAUUACGUCAUUAAUUAAUGUGAUAAUUGCCUUUGUGUGCGGUUUCAUCCAGUAUAAGAUCCACUCAAGUAAACAACACUUGAACUUUCAGUCCUGGAAUUUUAGCAUGGAUGAAAGUGAAUGGUGGAUGCUUCCUUCAGGAUUAAUAUUGUGUAAAAUUAUUCAAGCACGACUUGUAGAUUUCCAUGUAGCUAACCAAGAAAUUCAAGAUCGCUCCUUGUAUAGCAAUGACCCGGAUGUUUUUUGGCAGUCGUGAAAACAUUCCGUAAGUGCAGCUCAAGAUACACACUUCUAUUCCAUAGACUUUCUUCAGUCCUUUCGGAUGUUCUGAGAUAGGUUAAUGUUGUACAGUGGGGAAAGCUAGUUGGGUUGAGUUGGGUUGGCUUCUCCUGCAACUUUUACUGCAAUUUGGUGGAACAUGUACUCAUCCUAGUCAUAUCAUUGCCAAAUAAUCCUGCAUGCAUUCUGGUGUAGGCCGGUCGACUUCUCAAGCCAAAAAUAGUAUUUUUGUUUUGUACAUGAUAAUAUCUAUCGUCAUCGAGUUGCGAAAAAGAAAGAUUGUUGUUGUCUUCGAUCAUCCUUUGGUUCACUAUUUAAUUACCUUUAGGAUGAGAGAUUGCAUAUAUUUUCUGUCACAAAUGGUGAGCCUGUAAAUUAAUUUUGUUUAUGAUUGUGUCGUAGAUGCUGAAUUUGUAUUUGAAACGAUAUUUCUCUUCUAAGGAUUUGUAUGUGCUUUGUCUGGAUGCACUGAUUAAGAAGAAAACCAGUCAGGAGGGAAAGGUGGACUUUGACACCUUGUCCAGAGAACUCGCCUGAAUGGCUAAAUAGGAGGUUUGUGGUUGCUAAUUUUGAAA